UUUUAAUGAAGUGGGAAAAGAGUACAAUAAUCCGAGCGGUUAUAAUGAAUUAAUGGACAAUUUCAGGACUCGGGGUGAAUCCAAAAAUCCACACUAUAUUAUCAUCGAUAACAGCACUAACCAGUCGUGUAGUGCUAUUACGCCCUAUUAUAGGAAUUUGUUGAGACCCUGGGAUGAUGUGGACCUUCCCUGGACUGGUAUGGUGUUUGGCAUUACCAUAUCGGCCGUAUGGUACUGGUGCUCUGACCAAGUUAUAGUACAAAGAGCGCUGUCGGCCCGGAGUUACUCACACGCAAAGGCCGGCUGUACUCUGUGUUCAUUCAUUAAGAUUUCACCAUUUUAUCUGUUGGUUAUGCCGGGAAUGGCCGCCCGAGCGCUGUGGCCGGAUGAAAUCGGUUGCUCUAAUCCCGAUAUAUGCAAAAAGAUCUGCGGCUCAGAGUCCGGCUGCUCUAACAUCGCAUACCCAUUGCUAGUGCUUAGACUGAUGCCGGCGGGUCUGACGGGUCUUAUGCUGAGCGUAAUGAUGGCGGCGCUCAUGAGUUCACUCACAUCCAUAUUCAACAGCGCGUCCACAAUAUUCACUAUCGAUAUCUAUAACCGAUUCCGUCGUCAGGCCUCAGAGGUAGAGCAGGUGAUCGCCGGCCGUAUAUUUGUCCUCUUUCUGGUGGCCGUCAGUAUUCUCUGGAUUCCGAUCAUAGAGUCGUCGCAAAACAGUCAACUCUUUAAUUACAUCCAAAGCGUCACCUCAUAUCUGGCCCCUCCUGUCUGUGCGGUGUAUGUGUUGGCCAUGUUUUGGGGCCGAAUCAACGAAAAGGGCGCCUUUUGGGGGCUAAUCAUUGGUCUCGUGAUCGGCAUUAUUAGGUUUGUGAUGGAGUUCUCAUACAGUGUCCCG